GCUGGAGCCAGGGCAGGGCAGCACAGGGGAGACAGGAAGUGGCAGACAGGGCUCUGAAGGCUGUUGUGAGAGAGUUUACCAGCCCACCACAUAAGCCAGGUAUGGUGACUGUCAUCACACCUGUUAUCCCAGGAGGUGGAGGCAGGAGGAUCCGGAGUUGAAGGUCAUAGUAACGGGAAGCCCAAGCUAGACCAGGAAGACUCAGUGUGACAGAGUGAUAGGCAGCCGAGGGUAGGUGCAAAGGCCCUGGGGUAGGGAAAGUGCAGUUUGUAUAAAUAUUUGUUGGCUAAAUACAUGCAGGCCAGGUGAUUCCAGAGGAAUUGAUUACCCACGUGGGACGGUGGGGGUCGCUCAGCAGGUGAGGGGUUGUCACCCUGCAUGAGGGGGACGAAAUCCCACACACAAGUGGCUGCUGUUUCACGCUGUCGCGGAGCAGGCACGAACCACCCAAAAAAUCUGCGUUUUGCUGGGAACCCAAAACAGAAGCUAUGGCGUCCCCUGCCUGCACCAUGGGUCCCUUGAACAGCCUGGAACUCCUAGACCUCUUGUUUGACCGGCAGGAUGGCAUUCUGAGGAAUGUAGAGCUGGCAGAAGGCUGGGGCCAUGCUGGGAAGGAGCAGGUUCUACCAAAUUCUGACUCUGAUGACUUCCUAAAUUCCAUCCUGGGACCCGGAGACUCUGACCCCAGCUCCCCCAUAUGGUCCCCGGCUGACAGUGACAGCGGCUUCUCUGAGGAUCUACCCUCAGAUCCUCAGGACACCCCUCCUCACAGCAGUCCUGGAGCAGCUAACACCACAGCCAGGUGUCACCCAAGCCAGCAAGACAAGGGGCCCUGCCCCCCGUACCUAUCCAGCGCCCCGUGCCCUGCUCCUCCAAGGACACAAGUACUGGAAUCCUCGGUGGCCAUUGACCUGGACUUGUGGAGCACAGACAUGCUGUACCCGGAGGAGCAGGCUGGCUCACCCUUCAGAUUCAACCUCACGGUGAAGGAGCUGUUGCUGUCUGGCAGUGGUGGGGACUUGCAACAGCAUUCCUUGGCCUCCUCCCAGCUGCUGGGACCUGGGAGUGGGCAUUGCCAGGAGCUGGUGCUGACAGAGGAUGAGAAGAAGCUGCUGGCUAAAGAGGGGGUAACCCUCCCCACCCAACUGCCUCUCACCAAGUAUGAGGAGAGAGUGCUGAAAAAAAUCCGCAGAAAGAUCCGGAACAAACAGUCGGCUCAGGAAAGCAGGAAGAAAAAAAAAGAAUACAUCGAUGGUCUGGAGAACCGGAUGUCAGCAUGUACUGCCCAGAACCAGGAGCUGCAGAGGAAGGUCUUGCAUUUAGAAAAGCAAAAUUUGUCUCUUCUGGAGCAGCUGAGACACCUGCAGGCUCUUGUAGUCCAGUCAAGCAGCAAGUCUGCCCAUGCAGGCACCUGCAUAGCGGUCCUUCUACUGUCCUUCGUCCUGAUCGUCCUCCCCUCCAUCAGCCCUUUCGACUCCAACAAGGUCGACAGCCCUGGAGACUUCGUGCCAGUGCGAGUGUUUUCCAGAACCCUCCACAAUCACGCUGCAUCCCGCGUGGCUCCCGACAUCACCCCAGGCUCCGAGGUCCCAGGACCCUGGCCAGACGUUGGCACACCCCACAAAGGUUCUCCUUCCAGCAGCCUCGGUGCAGACUGGGGGAAUUUUAUAGAAAUACCAAUGCUGAGUGACUCAACAGAAGAGCUAGACAACUCCACUUUGGUGCUGGUCAACACCACGGAGGACCUGGGCCGGGCCACCUUGCUGGACUGGGUGGCUUUGGAAUCGCUGCUCAGCCCAGGCCGUGUGGGGCUGGAGAUGCCAGGGAUGGAGAUGUGGCUGUCCUGGGUUCCAAGGUGGCUCAGGGUCCGUCUGGUGCGGGGUGCUCUGGAGGUGCUGUGACUGGCAGUAGCAGGUCCAGACUUCAGACAACCCUAGGGCCUGACAGCACCUCCCCCAUAAACUGAUCCCCACUUGUCAAGCCAGAGCAGCAGGGCUGCCAGGCCCAAGCACAGAUCCCAGUGUAAGGCAAGACAGACACUGAUACCUGAGCCAGGAUCCCCAACUCAGGGAGCCUUCUCUGUCCCCUGAUCACUGAGAAGAUGCAGACCUGGGCUCCCCAAUGCCAGGGUGCAGACUUGAGUGUAGGCCCAGCCCAGUCGUCCAUCUCCCUUUUUUCUUUCAGAGACAGGGUCUCACUCUGUAGCCCAGGCUGGCCCCAAACUCACACAGAUCCUCCUGCCUAUGCCUCCCAAGUGUUGGGGUUAAAGGCUUGUGCCACCACCAUCCAGCUAAACACCCCUUUUCUAAGACUGUGUGACCAUCAAUAAAGUAUUUUGACAAUA